AUGUUCAACAUCGAACUCAAAAGCGUCAUAUUUGCGUCUCUCCUGUCUAUCGUCCAUGGAACAGAGCUACUCGGCUCCUCGUUCGGUGUCCCUGGAACCAACGCUACGUAUGACUACGUUGUCGUUGGUGGUGGAACCGCCGGCCUGACGCUGGCGACGAGAUUAGUCCAGCAGUUUGCCGGAACGGUUGCCGUGGUUGAGGCGGGAUCAUUCUACGAGAUCAGCAAUGGAAACCUCAGCCAAGUGCCGGCGUUGGCUGGUAGUUUUACGGGACCGGAUCCUGAUGACUGGCAGCCUCUGAUUGAUUGGGGAUAUGUGACGGUGCCGCAGACUGGAGCAUUCAAUCAGGCAAUUCAUUAUGCACAAGGAAAGACCUUGGGCGGAUCUUCGGCGAGGAACUUCAUGCUCUAUCAACGAGGCCCCAAGGAGGCGUUCAGUAAGUGGGCAGAUACUGUAGGAGACGAGAGUUAUCAGUGGGAUAGUUUCCUGGAAUACUUCAAGAAGAGUGUCAACUUCAGUGAGCCUAAUAUGGGUCUGCGUUUUGCGAACUCCACUCCGAAAUAUGAUACCUCGGUGGUCGAUGAUGACACUGGCCCGCUUUCAAUUACAUUUCCCAACUAUGCCCAGGCGUUUUCGACUUGGGCGGUCCAGGGAUUGGAGCAGAUCGGUAUUCCAGAAAUUGAAGGUUUCUUGAGCGGUCAAUUGAUCGGGCAGUCGUACGCAACUAUGACAGUGGAUGCCAAUACAAUGAAUCGAGACUCUUCGGAAACAUCUUUCCUUCAUGAGGGGUUGGGGUAUCCUACUCUCACAGUAUACCCUCUCGCAAUGGCAAAGCGGAUUCUAUUUGAUGGAAGUAAGACGGCUACCGGCGUUCUUGUCGAGACACAGGACUUCGAGUAUGUUUUAUCGGCCCGGAAGGAGGUUCUUUUAAGUGCAGGAGUCUUUGGAUCGCCACAGCUUCUGAUGGCCUCCGGAGUUGGACCAGCAGACGUCCUGAAUUCUCUGCAAAUUCCAAUCGUCGUAAACCGGCCCGGGGUUGGGCAAGGCAUGCAGGAUCACCUUUUCGUGGAGGUCGGAUACCAGGUCAAUGUUCUUACAUUGUCGGCACUUUCCAAUGCCACCUUCCGCGCGGAACAAGCCAAACUGUAUACUGACUACGCCGCCGGUAUGUUUACUAGUUCCGGUGUGGAGGUCCUGGCCUGGGAGAAGAUUCCCCCGUCUCUGCGAGUCACCUGGUCCAACAAAACCCAGCAAGCGUUGGAUGCCUACCCAGAAAAUUGGCCCGAGGUAGAAUACCUCGCGAACGCAUUAGGCCCCGGAAAAGUGGUAUUCGACCCCACUGACCUAGACGUGUUGAACUAUGCUUCACUUGUGAUUGCGCUAGUCACCCCGGAGGCGCGAGGAACAGUGACAAUUAUCUCGCCCGACACCAACGUACCUCCAGUCAUCGACCCCCGGUAUUUUACGGAGCGAUCCGACAUAGACAUCAUGGUUGCAGGCCUCAAACGUGCUCGCCAAUUCUUUGAAACCGAAGCCAUGAAGACCAUCGUAAUCGGCGACGAGGUUGCACCCGGCAAAAAUGUGACCACCGAUGCGCAAAUCGAGGACUAUAUUCGUACUAAUUUUGGCACCCUCUGGCAUGCGGCGGGCACUUGCUCCAUGGGCAAACUGGAUGACCCAAAGGCCGUGAUAGAUGCAGAGGCCCGCGUCAUCGGCGUCAAGGGAUUGCGUGUUGUGGACAUAUCAGCCUUUCCAGUGUUGCCUCCGGGGCAUCCAACGUCCGCAAUUUGUGAGUUUCUUUCUCUGGAACAUUAG